CCAUUCAAUUUCCAAGAGAGAGAGAGAGAGAGAGAGAGAGAGAGAGGAGAUUUUCUCACAAUAUCUCACUCUCUCUCUUUCUCUCUAUCUUCUUCAAUCACAUUACCCAUUACCCAUUUUCCAUACUAUGGCUAUGGUAGCUCUUGCUUCUGCUCAGCUUCCUCAUCAUCCAAACAUCUUCUAAGAAUAUCUUUCCAACACCCGUUUCAACAAAACUAGAAUUUAUGCACCAAUCCCCAGAAAAGUAGCUUCCAUUACUCUUCCUCGGAUGUCCAUUUCUUCAGAUCCCAAUCCAGUUGAAAGCAGUCAUUCCUUCGCUGUUGUUGCUCCUCUCAAAGCAAUUCUAUUUGAUAUUGAUGGAAUAUUGUGCGGCUCAGAUCCUCUCCAUUAUUAUGCAUUUCGUGAAAUGCUUUCAGAAGUAGGUUUCAAUGGUAGAAUCCCCAUCGAUGAUGAAUUCUUUAUUCAGAAUAUUAGUGGCAGGCAUAACGAGGAGCUUUGUGGAACCCUCCUUCCUGAUUGGGAUAUCCAGAGAGCAAGAAAAUUUUUUGAAGAUAAAGAAGACAUGUUCCGAAGAUUGGCAUCCAAGCAAUUAGAGCCAGUUAAAGGCUUGCAAAAGUUGUGCAAAUGGAUAGAUGAACAUGGAUUGAGACGUGCUGCGGUGACAAAUGCUCCAAGACCAAAUGGAGAGCUCAUAAUAUCAAUAUUAGAUCUUUCAAACUUCUUUGAAAUUCUUGUUAUUGGCAAUGAAUGUGAAUGGGCAAAACCAUUUCCUGACCCCUAUUUGACGGCUCUUAAAGCACUCGAAAUCUCACAUAAACAUGCUUUUGUCUUCGAGGAUUCUGUUUCAGGAGUGAAAGCUGGUGUAGCAGCUGGGAUGCCAGUAGUGGGUUUAGGCACCAGAAACCCUGAAAAACUAUUACUAGAUGCUGGAGCCUCCUUUGUUAUCAAAGAUUUUGAUGACCCAAAAGUGUGGACUUCAUUGGAAGACUUGCUAGAGACAAAGGCAUAGAUCAUAUUACCUUAUUGGAAUAUUCCAUGUUACUGUGCAGAAAUUGGAUUUGUUUUUUCAUUGUUAUUCUUUGGUGAUUUCAUCUACGACCUUAAUUUGUUUC